AUGGAGGAGAAUUGCAAACAAAGAGGUGAUCGUGAACAGGGGCAAACCAGUAAACCCAUUGUUAACCCUUAUGGUAGUGACCUGGAUCUGAUUCCUACAACAUUCUAUGUUAGUAAUUUUCCAGAUACAGUGGAUUCCAAACAGUUAUGGCAGGUGUUUGCGAAAUUUGGCAAAAUUGUGGAUGCUUACAUUGCCAGGAAGCAAUCAAAGGUAGGUAAAAGGUUCGGCUUCAUCAGGUUUCUUGGUGUGCAAGAUCAGUUGGCAAUGACCAGAGGAUUGUCAAAUAUAUGGAUUGGAAACUUCCAUCUCUAUGUCUCUGUUGCUAGAUUCCAAAGGGUGAAACAGGGAGACCAGGUUAAAAUCAGUCAACCGGCUCUUAUACAAAAUGUGGGAAGGCAACAACAAUCUUAUGCCUCAGUUACUGCUGGUAGAACUAAUGAAGAUGGACAAAGAAAUGAAACUUGUAACAGGAAGAAAGUUGUUUUUGAAGAUAAGGACCUGUUGGGAAUUCAUGAAUCAACGAAGAUUUUGGUAGCUAAGGUGCGUGAAGUUACAGCUAUGCAGUAUUUGUAUAAAAUUUGUUUGAAUGAGGGAUAUGCGGGAUUAAAAAUCAGACAUGUGGGUGGUAUGUGGGUAUGGAUCGAGUUUUUAACUGUUGAAGCUUGUAUUGCAUUCUAA